AUGGAGUACGGAAACCAAAUGCGCAUCAUGGAUCCUGCCACUCUUUCACAUUGCUGCCCUUGGCAAGCUGACAAUCAACCUAUACCCCGAGACCGAUGGCCCGUCGAAGAAGGCCUCCAGUGGGGAUCAGAUCCCAGCUUCUGUUACCACGGAUUCUCCUGCCCCAUCGGCACAUGGACAGAAGAGCGACUUGUACAAAAUUUGAUGCGAAAUAUGGCCAGUUUCUGCACCAGCGUUGACAUCGGCAUCGACGUCCCGGAACAUAUCCAGGAACAACCUCAAAAAGCGCACAUAGAUCCUAUGCAGUUGAAUGGAUUUUCACUCCCGAUGUUUCAGUCAUCGAUGGUUCCUCAAAACGAAAGAUUAUCUGAAACACCUUCAUUGUCAUCAUCAUCAUCACCUCCAUCAAGUCAGGUCCAGCGGUCGUCACCAGACACCACUGUCUGCACACGGCGCGCGAGCUGCACAAAGGCCGCCAAUAAGCCCGGACAAAAGAAGAGAAAAUGUAUUCAGAAGCCCGGGCAGAAAUUAUGCCAUUGCCGAUCAGAAAAGAAGAGGAGAGAGAUAAUUGGAGAGCGAUAUAAAGAACUGUGCCACAUCGUGCCGGGUCUUGAGAAACAUUCUUACACAAGGAAAUAUGUUCUUCAAGAAGCUGCAUUAUGGAUUGAAAAAUUGCUUCAGGGCAACGAUGCUCUUGAACAGCAACUGCAACAACUGAAACAGCAAGAGAAGCUGAACAAGUUGCGACUAUUUCCUAUUGAGGAAGAAGAAAAUUUUGAACAUUAG